GCGCACGAGAGCCGCGCGUUUGGAAGGGACACAGCUUUGUACAGUAAUGUUUAUAUUAUUGUUUUUGUUGUGAGUUCUGAUUUGCAGUUGCAUGUAGAUGUAAAACCUGUCGGCAUAAAAGUUGGUUAAUAAUAAUGGAAAAAGAAGAUGAUCUGAGCCUGCUACAAAACAUUAACUAUCUCCGGAAGCAGCUGGCAGAAACGGAGGACUGCCUUCAAAGUAUUAGCUCGAUUGAAUUGAAUGGGAGCUUGCAGCACGAACAACGGUUGAAUUCCACGGAAAUAUCUCACCCCGACACGACCGACGACGAUGCUCAAGCCGAGGAGAUUUACCGUGAGCUGUCGUCUACGCUCACUCCGUCGGAGCAGCAGCGAAGGUCGCUCAGGAGCGAGCGCGGUUUCCGGGGAAACGGAAACGGCGUCGCCGCCGAGGAUCAUCAUCGCAAGGUGGCACUGCUCCGACGCGACAAUCGGCAGCUGAUGCUCGAGAAUCGAAACCUCCUGCAGCAGUUAGACGGGCGGUCGUCCGAGCUCCACGAAGUCAGACGCAAGGUGGAGCAUAUGUUGCUAGAGAAACACGAUGCACCCUCACGCAAAGCUGUGCUAGAAUUGAACAGCAAGUUGUGUGAUUCGCUGGAUAGACAAGCACAAGAUCAGGAUUUAAUCAGCUCUCUCAGGGAAAAUAUCAGUCAGCUGGUGGCUAAACUCGAUCAGAGUUCAAUAUUAAAAGCCAAGGCAGACGAGCAAAAGAAUGAGGCUGUGCAUGCCAUGGAGGAUUUUGCAAAAACAUUUCAACUGUACAAGGAGAAAACGAAACACCAACUAGAAGAGAAUGAUGGGAUUAACAGCAAAUUAAAAGAAAUUAUCAACGAAAGGGACCAUCUUCAACACCAGGUGUCACUACUAGGCAAUGAGGUGGAGCUAGCCAGAAAGCAAACCAAGAAGCUGCGCGACGCGGCCGGCGUCGCCGCCGACGACGCGGCGGACGUCAUCGUCGACCUGCGGCGGCAGCUUUCGUCGCAGGAGCGACAGAUCGACGAGAUGCAGGAGCGACAGAUUGCCGAAGCAGAGGCACGGGAGCGGUCGGACGCCGACGCGUCGCACGGCAGUGGCGUCACCGCGGGCGACCGCUCCGUCCGCAUUCUCGAGACGGGCCUUGAGAUCGCCGAGAGGCUGCAGGUCGCCAACGCGCGACUGCGCGAGGAGAACGAAGCCCUGCGCGUCGCCACGGUAACGACGGCGCGCGCCCGCGACGUCGCCGCAGCGACCCCACCUCCGGCGAUCGCGGGCGAGCUUCGGCGGGAGAGGGAGCGCGCGGCGGCGGCGCGGGCGGACUGCGAGCGUGAGGUCGCGAGGUCGCGCGCGCUCGAAGGGAAGCUGGUCCAGGUGAGGGCGCUGGCGAGGGCGGCGGCGGGGAAGGUGGAGCUGCUGACGGAGCAGGCGGCGGCGGCAAGGCGAGAGCUAGCAGCGUGCCAGGCCAAGCUGGGGGAAGCCGAGAAACAGGCCAGUCAGCGGGAAUCGACGGAAAAGUCACUACGCAAUCAGCUGCAGGUUAGGUCACGGGCGAAUCAAUCGCUGAAGGUCAAACUCGAGGAGGCCGUCACUGAGGUUGCGCUCAAGGUCAAGGGUCAGGAAGUCGCCUCGGAAAAGCUGAAGGUGGCGAGGAGGGAGGUCAAGGACAUGCAGGCAAGGUCGCAGCUCGCUGAAAACGAACGCGCGGAGAGACAGAAGGAGUGGCAAGGUCUGAACAUGACGUUACGACAGGAGGUCGCCGAGAGGGAAGAAAAGAUCUCACAGCUAGGUGCAAUUCUCACGCAGAGAGAAGCAGACGUGAUCAAGGUGCAAGAUGCAAGCGAGAGAAUCCAGGAUAGUUUCAAUGACUACCAGAACGUAUGCAUACAUCAACAUGAUAAAAGUGCCCGAAGGUUAACAACCUGA